UCGGGGGGCCGGGCAGCUCGUUGGAGGUAGCGGGGCCUGGGGCUCGCCUGGCUCCAGAGUCUCCGUUCGCCUUCCCCGCCCCCUCCGCAGGGCCACCGCUACUUCCUGACCCUGCCUGCCUGCACCCAGCCGUGGGUUAAAGGCUUGAGGGCCUCGCAGGACGUGUUUAAGCUUCCCGACGGUUGCCCUGCGGUGUGGGAGGGCCGCAACCCCUGCCUGGGCAAGGACCAGCACGGGAGGGGUGGGCUGGACGGGUCAGCAGCGUUCGCGUCCCCCUUCCUUUGCAGAGCUGCUCGGAGUGGCGACCUGAACCACUGGGUGGGAAAUCAAGAAAUACUUUUUAAAGCAGUUUGCCCUUUGGAAAAGAUUUUAGGGCUAUUCCUCAAACGUGCCGUGCUUUUGCGGCCCCUCUCUCAAAUCGUUGGUUUCUUUCUGACUGUCCCUUGCAAGUAGAGCUUCGUCACGUUUGUUUGGUACCUUCAGAAACUAAGUAGAUAAGGCCUCGCUGGCGGAACACUCGAACUUGACUUCAGCCCCGCUCCUCACUGUAAACUGACAUUUCCUCUUCAUUUCCAGUUGAUACAUGAGGAUUCAUGCAAAGAAGGUGACAGUCGGAAAUCCAAACUUAGAUUGACUUGUAUUUAGAAUCCGGAAAGGAGAGGAAAUGAAAGGUGGAUAAACUCCUACAGCAGACCUGAUUCGGAAGAAGACAGGUAGGAUGCCCGUGGUAGCUGGAAGGCUGAGAGAUCCUGACAUAAAUCCUUGCUUGUUGGAAUCUGAUGCUUCUACCAGAUGUAUGGAUGAAUAUAACUAUGACAAAGAAAGGUGUUCCGCUCACUUCUUGAAGUACAAAAACUGCCGGAAGUUCUGGAAUUCUAUCAUGAUCCAGAGAAGACGGGAUGGAGUGAAGCCGUCUAUGCCUACAGCAGCAGAGAGAGACAUAAUCUUGCAAGCAAUGGGCAAGAUGCCCUAUUGAGUGUUUGCAUUAAAGUGGUUUAUUUAACUCAGAA